AUGUUAGAGGCUUCACCAUUAAUCGAGGGCUACAUUUCUGGAACUAUACCAAAGGCCGGUUUCCAUGCAAACGGGAACGAUUACGAGCAUGGCUACUACUUGGCCGAUGGUAUCUACCCUGAGUAUUCGAUUAUUGUUAAAACGUUUUCUGAAACUUUCGAUGAAAAAAGAAAAAAUCCUUGUCGCAUGUGGCAUAAGGAUAAAAUACGAAUGGCCAUGUAUGCUUGCAUCAUUUUGCAUAAUAUGAUCAUUGAGGAUGAUGGAAAAGCGAUAUGCCAAAACUAUAUUCCCGAAGAUUUGGUCGAACUACCCCAAGCGACAACGGAAGAGAGACUCGCAAAUGCUCAACUACUGCGAUCUAGAGAAAUACAUAACACGUUGAAGGCGGAUUUGGUUGAGCAUGCUUGGGCGAUUCGCCCAAUUCGAUUAAACAAUGAUCACGACGAAGAUUCCGAGGAAGAAGUGGUUGAGGAAUUCGAAGACGGGAACUUUGAAGACGUAGGUUUAGAUGCUGGAGAAAACGAAGAGGAAGAAGGAGAGAACGAAGAUGACACCGAAGAAUAA